AUGGCUGCAGCGCCCGUGGCAGCGAGCCCAGCACAGCCGGGAACGGAUCAGUCAGAUGCAGUUGAGAGUUCAACGGGGGUGGAGUUCCGGCUUUGCGGCGUCUUGUUGCAGAGGGAGAAAGAGGAGCUUCCGAUGUCAAUUGAGGCUUUGAUGAAGCUCGCCGAGAUUCUUCCGUGCCAACUCCCGGUACUGAGACAGAGCGACGCAAAGGUGGCGGCCAAAGUGGUCGGACCUGGCGGUGGACCCCCGAACUUCUUCGAGCUCGAAGCAAACCUGAACAAGUUUUGGGAGGCAAACUCAGGUUCCACAAUCGACAUCGAUGUGAAGAAGAAGAAGAAGAAGAAGAAGAAACUGUCUCAGAACCCAGAGCUGCGGCGGCGUUUGUGCGACUCUGGUUUUGGGGUUGCAUUCCCAUGCUUUGGGGUGCUGCUAGCAUUGCUGACUGGGAACAGCUUCGGGCUGCUGCCGCGCGAGGUUGCUACAGCAGUGAAGCUGUUGCAGCGGACGUGGGGCAGCGUAGUGCGCCACCAUGAUGACAAUGCCCCGCUACAGCAAAUGACUACUUUUGCCGCAGCGACUGUGGCUGCCACCAGUCACGCUGAAGAUGGGUAUCUCAACGCGUUGUUCAUGGAGGAUGCGCGGAGCUACCUGAUGGACAGCAUGGAAACCUCAAAAAUAAAGAGGAAGUGGUCCGACACUCUCUUGAGAGUGCGAACAUCCCUGCGGACACGUCCAAACAUAUUUUGGGUCAGAUAA